CAUUUUGGUCAAAUUAUGUGCCCUUGUGUUCUUUUGACAGGGUUUGCACUUGGUGGAGCUAUCGGUUUGUUUACGGUGGGUAUGGAUCCAAUAUCUACUUACACAACAACCACACCAGACCAAACACCAUCAACACGUGCAGUACUCAAAGAGAUGAAAGUCAGAUGUGCAUCGUAUGGGAAAAACUUUGGCACUAUUGGAUUUAUGUUUGCUGGGACUGAAUGUCUACUAGAAAGUUAUCGUGGGAAGAGUCCCCUGUCAAAUGGAACUAUCUCAGGAGCUAUAGUGGGCGGUGUGUUAGGCUUGAGAGCGGGAUUAAAGGCAGCGGCUUUUGGAGCGGCAGGUUUCGCAGCAUUCUCUACAGUGGUGGAUUAUUAUUUAAGACAUUGACCUAGUGGAGAAAAUAUACUGGAGCAAUUUUAAAUAUAUACUGUGAUAUAUCUUGUUGUCUUACAUUAAGAUGUAAGUCUUCUAAGGUCAUUUAAGGAUUUGUAAUAUUCACUCUUAGGCUUUUCAAUCAAAAGUGCAUGUUAAGGACGUCUACACAAACAAACACUAAACUAUGCAGACUUGGGACUAUCAGACAAUAGAAAAGUGAAAUUUUGUAUUGAAGUCAGUUAAGGAUUCACACUUUAAUAGAUAAGCAGAACAAGUUUCAAGUGAGUAUGGAUUAGCUUUAGACCAUGACAUAUUUUAUAAAAUGCACCAGUUGCGGGUAUAAUGUUGAAAAUGGAUGCUGUAUGGUAGAACUAAAAGGGAAAUGAGAGCAUCAGCAAAAAGUACAAAAUAUUAGAAAUGACUGAUAUGAAAGCUUUUUACUACAGAAAUACAAGUACAAAAUAUUACAAAUGAUUGAUAUGAAAGCUUUUCUACAGCAGAAGUACAAAUAAUGAAUAAUAUGAAAGAUCUUCUGCAGCAGAAAUACAAGUACAAAAUAUUACAAAUGAUUGAUACGAAAGCUUUUCUAUAGCAGAAGUACAAAUAAUGAUUAAUAUGAAAGUUCUUCAACAGCAGAAAUACAAGUACAAAAUAUUACAAAUGAUUAAUAGAUAUUCAACAGUAGAUCACAUAUUAUGAAACUUUAGUUUGAUUUUCAACUGAUAUAUGAUUUCUGUGUCAUGAUAAUGUCUGUUACCAUGUUUUUCAGUCAAUUAAACAGAAGAAUGUGUC